AUGUCCACCGAGACCUUUGCUUUCCAGGCUGAGAUCAGCCAGCUGAUGUCGCUGAUCAUCAACACUUUCUACUCCAACAAGGAUGUCUUCCUGCGUGAGCUGAUCUCCAACGCCUCUGAUGCUCUGGACAAGAUCCGCUACCAGUCGCUGACCGACCCGUCCAAGCUGGACAGCGGCAAGGACCUGGAGAUCUCCAUCAUCCCCAACAAGGAGGCUCGCACCCUGACCAUCCGUGAUACCGGUAUCGGUAUGACCAAGGCCGACCUGGUCAACAACCUCGGUACCAUUGCCAAGUCCGGCACCAAGUCCUUCAUGGAGGCCCUCCAGCAGGGUGCCGAUAUCUCCAUGAUCGGUCAGUUCGGUGUGGGCUUCUACUCCGCCUACCUGGUCGCCGAGAAGGUCCAGGUCACCUCCAAGCACAACGAUGAUGAGCAGUACACUUGGGAGUCCUCGGCCGGUGGCUCUUUCACCAUCACCCAGGACGAGACCCCCACCCUCAACCGUGGUACCGCCAUCACCCUCUUCAUGAAGGACGACCAGCUGGCCUACCUUGAGGAUGCCAAGAUCAAGGAGAUCGUCAAGACCCACUCCGAGUUCAUCAGCUACCCGAUCAAGCUCCAGGUCACCCGCGAGGUUGAGAAGGAGGUCGAGGACGACGAGGAGGAGGAGGUUGUCAAGCCCGCCGACGAGGAGGACGCCCAGGAUGUCGAGUCCGACGACGAGGAGUCUGCCUCCAAGAAGAAGACCAUCACCGAGGUGGAGACUUCCUUCGAGGAGCUCAACAAGACCAAGCCCCUGUGGACUCGCAACCCGGAGGGCAUCACCAACGAGGAGUACGCCGCCUUCUACAAGUCCAUCUCCAACGACUGGGAGGAUCACCUGGCCGUCAAGCACUUCUCCGUCGAGGGUCAGCUCGAGUUCCGUGCUAUCCUCUUCGUUCCGGGCCGUGCUCCCUUCGACAUGUUCGAGUCUCGCCGCAAGCGCAACAACAUCAAGCUCUACGUGCGCCGUGUGUUCAUCAUGGACGACUGCGAGGAGCUCAUGCCCGAGUGGCUGUCCUUCAUCAAGGGUAUCGUCGAUUCCGAGGAUCUGCCCCUGAACAUUUCUCGUGAGACCCUGCAGCAGAACAAGAUCCUCAAGGUCAUCCGCAAGAAUGUCGUCAAGAAGUGCGUCGAGCUCUUCCAGGAGAUCGCCGAGGACAAGGAGCAGUACGCCAAGUUCUACGAGGCCUUCUCCAAGAACCUCAAGCUCGGUGUCCAUGAGGACUCUCAGAACCGCGAGCGCCUGGCCCACCUCCUGCGCUACAAGUCCACCAAGUCCCUGGACGAGGCCACCUCCCUGGCCGACUACAUCGAGCGCAUGCCCGCCGAGCAGAAGGACAUCUACUACAUCACCGGCGAGUCUCAGGCCGCCGUCGAGAACUCUCCCUUCCUUGAGGCCCUCAAGAAGAAGAACCUCGAGGUCCUGUUCAUGGUCGACCCGAUUGAUGAGUACGCCGUUCAGCAGCUCCGCGAGUUCGAGGGCAAGAACCUGGUGUCCGUCACCAAGGAGGGCCUCGAGCUGCCCACCACCGAGGAGGAGACCGCCCGCUUCGAGAAGGUCAAGGCCGACUUCGAGCCCCUGUGCAAGCACCUGAAGGACAUUCUCGGCGACAAGGUCGAGAAGGUCGUCGUGUCCAACCACAUGGUGUCCUCCCCCUGCUCCCUGAUCACCGGUGCCUAUGGCUGGUCUGCCAACUUCGAGCGCAUCAUGAAGGCCCAGGCUCUGCGUGACACUGGCAUGUCCUCGUACAUGUCUUCCAAGAAGACCCUCGAGCUGAACCCCGACCACAAGAUCAUCACCACCAUCAAGGAGAAGUUCGAGGAGGAUGCCGGCUCCAAGACCGUCCACGAUCUGACCAUGCUCCUGUUCGACACUGCCCUCCUGUCUUCUGGCUUCUCCCUGGAGGACCCGAACAAGUUCGCUUCCCGCAUCCACCGCAUGAUCGCCCUGGGUCUGUCCCUGUCUGGCGACGACCACUCCGCCUCCGACAUCGAGGACGGCCCGGCUUCCGAUGAUGAUGCCCCCGAGCUCGAGUCCUCCACCAUGGAGGAGGUCGACUAA